AUGAAGCUUUCCGCAAUCACCGCCUUGUUGGCCGUUGGCCUUUUUAUGGAUGGAUCUCUAGCCUUCCAAUCGCAAUCUUUGUCGCAACAACAACAAAGAAGCACCAGCCUUUAUGGUUACGUCCCAUCUGGCUUCACCCCAGAACAGUACAAGAAGUUCAAGGAACAAGAAGCCAAGAAGAAGGCAAAGAAGAAGAAUCUUGGAAGCAUGGGUCCAAAGGGCUUCCAAUCUAGAAGUUUCCAAAGUUUCCAAGAAGCAUUGGAGCGCGGAGAAGCCACCCACUUGAUGCCUGUCAUGAAUGCUGAAGCCCGUGUCAAAAGCGGAGAACUCAAGCGCGAAGAUAUUCCGUACAUGCAAAGAGGAGGAAAAUGGGACAAUUCGGAUGUCCGUGGGGCGAAAAGGGAAAAGUGGCUCAAGUCCGACAAGGACUACUCUGAGGGUGGUUUCAGAAAAGAACAAAGUAUUUCUAUUUUCGGAUAUGGAGAAGGUCUUGAUUGGACCGGCAGCCGAGGACGAACUGGUCCUUCCGAGUCCAUUCCAGGAGCCGCACCCAAGUUUGGAAAAAACUACAAGCCACCCACUGUCAGUCAAUUGAAGGGAAAGUCUGAUGAUAAGCCCAAGAAGAAGUUCUUUGGAUUGUUCUAA